AUGUCAGGUGUGUGGGAUUUCUUGAAACGACACCGUGGCAAGAUUAUUGCUGGUGCAGUUGCUGCUGGAGGAGCAUUUGUUGUUCAUCAAGCUUUGCGAAAUUCUCUACAACUCGGUUCUGGUUGGAACCGUGAUCGGGAAUUUAACCGAAGUCAAAUAGAGGCUCAAAGACACUACAUUUACGAUACUCAACAUCGAACAUGCGAUAUUUCAAUUCUAAAUUUGUUGCCCGGUAUAGCGAAACGAAUAGCGCUAUAUUUUGAUGUGGAAGCAUUAAUUGAAGACCUUAGAAAUAAUAAAGAACUCAGCAAGGAACAACGAUUUAUCCAGUGGCAGGAUAUUAAGGUAAAAGCAAUUGGGCGAAUGGUUGCAAUUGCCUAUGCAUUCUCCUUAAUUACUGUAACACUGAAAUGUCAGAUUUCGAUUUUAGCUGCUCAGCUUUCCUCAUCACUUACUGAAAAAGAUGAAGAUUACUGGUGGAAUCAAUACUUACCUGAAAAUUUUAAACUCAACACUUCACUAAUGAAUCUAGUCGCCCCACAGAAACGUACUGUUGAUUCCUCUUCACAACAGAUUUUCAUGAAAUGUUGUCAAUUUUUCAUAUCCACAGGCUUGGAUGAUUUAUUGAAAAAUAUUGAAAGUGUUAGCAGAGCACAACUGGACGAAUUGGAAUUAAAAACACCAAUGGAUGGAGAACACCUAAAGGCAAUCUUGUUAAAUCUCAAGAGAAGUAUGGACUUGUUGCAUUGUCGACACUUUUCAUAUUUCAUAGUGCCGAAAUAUGCAAAUAAGAAUGGUUUUGCAUUACCAAAUCUUGGUCAACUGGAUGCGCUUCUGAAACGUCUUGUAGAAAUGUUGGAAUCAACGAAAUGCAAAGAAGUAACAUCAUCACUGGUAGAUUUCUUCUUUGAUGCCGUCGUAAACUAUAUAAAUCAACAUAGCACCAAUAAAGAGAUGCCGAUGGCAAGAAUGCUACCUCUAAUUACGGACAGUUUUCAUACUUUAUCUCGAAAUGGUUUUGAUUCACCAAUACAAAAUAUUCUUUGCUCUAUUGAAUUACACUCUCUUUCCAUGCAUGUUUUUUCACUUCCUCCCGUUCAACUGUGA